GCCGACGGCAAACCUAAAGACGUGGCCUCUAAAUCGGUGGGGCUCUUCUUCAUGCUGCUCAUUGACCUGACGGCCAUCGUCGGCAACGCCGCCGUCAUGACCGUCAUCGUGAAGACGCCGGCAUUGCGCAAAUUUGUCUUCGUCUUCCACCUCUGCUUGGUGGACUUCUUGGCCGCCCUCACCCUGAUGCCGCUGGAGAUGCUCUCUGGCUCAGCCGUCUUCGACAGCCCGGUUUUUGGCGAGGCCAUGUGCCGCGUUUAUCUGUUUCUCAGCGUCUGCUUCAUCAGCAUGUGCAUCCUCUCCAUCUCCACCAUCAACGUGGAGCGUUACUACUACGUGGUGCACCCCAUGCGCUACGAGGUGAGGAUGACGGUGGGGCUGGUGGCCUGCGUCCUCGUCGGCGUUUGGCUCAAAGCCGUGGCCACUUCUCUCGUCCCCGUUUUGGGCUGGUUGUCCCCCGACCGCCCACCGGUGCACGCCGGCCGUGGCUGCUCCUUGCAAUGGAGCCGCGGUCCCUACUGCAAGUUCUUUGUGGUCUUUUUCGCCGCCUUCUACUUCCUCCUACCCCUCCUCAUCAUCGUGGUGGUCUACUGCAGCAUGUUCAAGGUGGCACGGGUGGCCGCCAUGCACCACGCCCCCUCCCCACCUGGAUGGAAACUUCUGUUGGCCGUGGGAGGCCAAUUCCUCUUCUGCUGGUUGCCCUACUUCUCCUUCCACCUCUACACCGCCCUGAGCACCCAGCCCUUGGUGGGGCCGGCGGCCGAGACCGUGGUCACUUGGCUCGGUUACUUCUGCUUUACCUCCAACCCUUUCUUCUACGGGUGCCUCAACCGGCAGAUCCGGGGCGAGCUGGGACGGCUCCUCACGUGUUUUUUCAAGCAGCCGCCCGAGGAG